AUGGAUGGACUCCUACUGGCCACUGUGGCAAUUGCCUCCUGUCAGUAUCCUCGCGAAAGAGCACCCCAACCACCUCCUCGUCAAGGGCCUCCUCCUGAGGAAUAUGCUCCGCCUCCUCAAGCAUCCAGAUCUCAAUCCUACGCCUCAGACAGAAGCCCACAGAACUUAAUUUACAGGCCGGCUGACGUCCAUUACGUCAACAUCGGCCUUGAACUGGCCGGAGACUACAAGUUUGGUUACGACACCGGCAAAGCCAACGACGGGCAGAGCUUCCGUGAAGAGACCAGACUGCCCGAUGGGACAGUGCAGGGUGCUUAUGGCUACGUGGAUGAAACCGGAAGGCAAAGGAUUGUCCGCUACACCGCUGGCAAAGAUGGCUUCAAAGCUGAAGGUGAUUUAGGACCUGCAGGAGCCCCGAAAGUUGCUCCAGUCAAACCAGCUCGGGCAGCAGUUCAAACUCCGCCCCAGCGAGCUUAUGCCCCGCCCCAACAAUCUUAUGCCCCGCCUCAACAGUCCUAUGCCCCGCCUCAACCAUCCUAUUCUUCACCUCCUCAGGAAGAGUACCAGCCUCCUCCACAGCCACAGCAAACCUACAGACCUCCUCCACGACCACAGGCAGCAUACAGACCUCCACCAGCACAGUACUCUCCCCCUCCUGCAUCUUAUUCUUCGAGACCGAGGCCACAGAGCUAUGACCAACAGCCCCAAAGACCAAGACCUCAACGUCCUGUGAGACCAGCUCCUCCUCCGAGUUACGAUGAGUCACCGGACUAUGACAAUCCCAACAAUGAAAUUGGCGAAAGAAGAUUAGCUCCUAUCGAUACUUCUCUUUUAAAUUAUAAUAUCGGCAUUGCUUUGUCAACUCUGUUCGCUUUCGCUAGCGCUCAGUAUCCAUACCAGGGACAACAGGCCUACCAACAAGCCCAACAUGCACCAGCCUACCAGCAACAGCCCCAGGCUUACCAAUCACAGCAACAGUCGUAUCAACCUCAACCACAACAGUACCAGCCACAACCACAGGCCUACCAGCCUCAACCUCAAGCAUACCAGCCUCAACCUCAACAACCACGAUCCCACACGCCAGCUGCCGUCCAUUACGUCAACAUAGGGGCGGAGCUUGCUGGAGACUACAAGUUUGGCUACGACACUGGCAAGGGAACUGAUGGCCAGAGUUUCCGAGAGGAAACCAGACUUCCAGACGGUAGUGUGCAAGGGGCCUAUGGGUAUGUGGACGCCGAUGGAAAACAAAGAGUAGUCAGGUACACUGCUGGUAAGGAAGGAUUCAAGGUUGAAGGAGAUGACAUUCCAAAAGCCCCACCAGCACCUGCAGCAGCAGCUCCCCAACAGCAACAACCUAACUACAACAACUAUGGAGGCAGCCCUAACAACAACUAUCGUGGCUAUUAAGAGAACAUAUCAGUCAAAAUGUGUAUUUGAUUUUUAAGCCAAAUAAGUUCAUUCCAAAAGACCAACCAGCAGCUGCAGUAGCCCCCCCCCCCAAACAGCAACAACCCAACUACAACAACUAUGGAGGCAGCCCUAACAACAACUAUCGUGGCUAUUGAAAGAACAUAUCAGUCAAAAUGUGUUGUUGAUUUUUAAGCCAAAUAAGUUACUAUUAAGUUCAUUAUCCUGAUAUUUGAAAACGGAUUUAAUUUUAAAACAAUUUGCCUUUAAAUAUUUUUUGAAAUUUUAAACUUUUAUCAAAGUCAAACUUAAUAAGUUCGUAAAUAGCGUAUUUACAAGCUUUCUUCAAUUAAAAAUUAUUUACAAUCAUUAAUGAAUUAAAUGUUUCAUUUUAGAACAUUUAAUUGAUUUCUAGCUUAGUUGAUCUCAUGACUUUUCACAGGGCCUGAUUACUGAAUAGGCCGACUAGAUCAUGGCCUAGGGCCCCCACGUUUUAGGGGCCCCCAAAUAGCAAAAAUGUUUUUGGUUAAUGGCUAAAAAUGUUUUCUUUAAUGGCUGAAGUUGUAAAGAUUUUGCUACAAAAAAUCAUUUGGCUUUGGUUCCCCUGAUAUCUUAAU